ACUACAAAAGUACUGGUUGCUCUGAUGAAGACUUCCGCACUAACGAUUGGAAUUAUCCUUCUAGCAAGGCUCGUAAAGGUUGAUGGAAGAAGGGGGACAACAGAAAUAUCUGAAACGUUGGAGCUGUAUAAGACCGAUGCAAAGUACACAGCCUUACUAAAGGAAAUAAAUUCGACAUACCAUGGCAGACCCCAUAAUACAGCAAACAACUUGGAAUUUGAAAAGUACUUCCAAACUGUUUUAUCUGGUUUAAACUUAACUGUUUAUGACAUAGCCGACAAAAUUGAUAUUUACACAGAUUUUACAGUUUACAAUCAAAUACGAUUGGAGCUUGAAAGAGAAAUUUCCAAAACAAUACAAGUCGCGAAAAAUCUUCUUAGCCUUAAAAACCUUUUGCCCCACUGUCGUACCUUUUUCAUGGAUCAACAAGUGCAAAUGGCUGCGAGCAUCAGUCAAUCGAACCUAAUGAAAAUGGAGAUCCUAAAUAAUCCUAGUCCCGAGUGUGAAAACGUUGAGCUGAACCAGAUUACCUUUCUGGAAACGACAACCACCACUACCACUCCUAAGCCCAUUAACUACGAUUCAAUCUUUCGAGAUAUUUUGCAAAAGUAUAGCAAACGGCCAUGGGGAAACCUUAAAUACUUGGAAUUCGAUGAACAAAUUUGGCAAGUGUUCAUGGCCUUGAAUACGGACGAUAAAAUUUAUAAAAAGGAGACAUUAAUUGGGUUCAUGGGAUAUGACAAGGAUCGUGAGAAACUGGAUAAAGCCUUAGCAGUUCGAAUUGGAAAAUUUAAAAAAAUAAUUGCUAACGAAACCGAUUCUAAUUGCAAAGGAAAUCUUUUAUACUUAAAUAAGCGACUAAGUCUAGCAAUGUUCGAAACAUUAGAGAAAAAACGCAAGAUUUUAGUUAUUACCAACUAUAUACAUUCUUGUGUUAAACAUGAAGAGCAUUUAAAAAUAGUGGAUAAAAUAAAUAAGACCUAAUUUAUUAAAUCCACAUUUUCCAUUCUGAGGAGUAUUUUGUAAGAAUUCAAAAACACUUUAUUUUACUUUCAAUAAAAAAAUGAUUUCUAAAUUCAAUAUUUUAGGCAACGUA